AUGGAUGAAAACAACGCCGCAAAGUUAACCGGAAUCAGGCAGAUCGUGCGGCUGAAGGAGAUCUUGCAGAAAUGGCAAACCGUAACGAUAGGGCCCAAAUCAGAUGUCCCUCCGUUGGCAGCUGGAAAGCAAGCGGCGGAAUUGAUUUCACCGGUGAUCAACAAGAGGCUGUUAGCCGUCAAGAACUGUGACUCGGAUGAGGAAAACUGCCAAAGCCCCGAGCCUCCGGCUGAUGUUCCCAAAGGGUAUCUAGCGGUUUACGUUGGACCGGAGCUAAGGAGGUUUAUCAUACCAACAAGCUAUCUCAGCCACUCUCUGUUCAAGGUGUUGCUUGAGAAAGUAGAGGAAGAGUAUGGGUUUGAUCAGAGCGGCGCUCUCACCAUCCCUUGCGAGGUCGAGACUUUCAAGUUCUUGCUUAAAUGCAUGGAGAACAAUCCUAAAGAUCAUCUCCCUGAUGAUGACAGCUCCGUUGGAGAUGCAGAAGCAGCAAAGGAAGAGUAA